CUGAGUUGCCAUCUUCUCCCCGCUCGAUCGCGGGCAUGGGUGGGAGUGUAACACCGGCGCCCACGUGACCGGCGUGUUUGUGCAAAAUGGCGGCGCCCAGGGGUGGUGUUGGUAUGCUGCGGCUGUUCACGGGCUACGUGACUGGCUGUCAGCGUGUUUUCUUCUCAUCAGUUAAUCAUAUCUAUUUACACCAGUCAAGCAUUCAUCAAAGAAGGUAUCUUUUUUGCCACAGACAAAAAAAUGCUUAUAAGGUAGUUUGGCCGGCUGAUGUGUCUCCUGCUCAUCCAGUUCCUAAGCACAUAAAGCAGCCAGACUAUGUGACGACAGGCGCUCCGCCUGAGUUGGGGGACGAAAUAGACCUUAAGAACGAAGAUCAGAUUCAACUGCUUCGUCAGGCUUGUCAGCUGGCCCGUCAAGUCCUGCUUCUGGCUGUGAGGAGUGUAAAGGUUGGCAUGACUACAGAAGAAAUAGAUUACUUGGUUCACCAUGAAAUAAUCAAGCACAAUGGUUACCCGUCACCUCUAGGAUUUAAAGGUUUUCCAAAAUCUGUUUGUACUUCAGUAAACAACGUGGUGGGCCAUGGGAUUCCUGACAGCCGCCCUCUCCAGGAUGGUGAUAUUAUCAACAUUGAUGUCACAGUGUAUCUCAAUGGCUACCAUGGUGAUACGUCCGAAACACUGUUAGUGGGGAAUGUGGAUGAGGCUGGUCAAAAGUUAGUGGAGGUUGCCAGGAAAUGCAGAGAUGAAGGAAUUGCAGUUUGCAGACCUGGGGCUCCUUUCUCUGUGAUUGGAAACACAAUCAGCCACAUUGCCCAUCAAAAUGGUUUUCAAGUCUGCCCUUACAUUGGUGGUCAUGGGAUAGGAACGAACUUACAUAGUAAUCCUGAAGUUUGGCAACAUGCAAACGAAAAUGAUUUAUUAAUGGAGAAGGGAAUGGCAUUCACAAUAGAGCCUGUAAUAAUGGAAGGAAUGACUGAAUGUUAUAUCCUGGAUGAUGACUGGACUCUGAUAACGGCAGACCUCAAAAGAUCAGCCGUGUUCGAGCACACCAUCGUCAUUACAGACAAAGGAGCAGAAAUCCUGACCCUCCUGGCUGAGGAGACUUAAGAGCCACCAGCUGGCAACAAGCAGGCAGAAGAACCUUUUCCUGUGGGGCUCCUGGGAGAAGCUGGCACAAGGGGCUGUAUCAACCCAUUUAUUUAUUUGCGGGGAGUUGCUUUCUGCAGGAUCCUCAAAGGACAGUGAUAUAACCGGAGAAUCUUUGGACAAAGCUUGUAACCUAUUCUACCCCACGCUAAAAAAAAAUAUAAUCCCCCCCCCCCGCUUUCCUGAGAAAAAUGAGGGUGUGUUUCUUCCCACCCACCCCUUUUUUUUGUUUUGUUUCAAGGCUGUUCCUAGUCCCUGUGGCAGUACCCACAUAUUUACACAGUCAAAGGGGUUUUCAAAGACAGGGAAAUAAAAGCACAGCAAAGGGGCAAACUUGCCAGGCAGCUGCUUCACUUUAUUUCUUGUGGCUUUUUUUAGCAACCACUUACAUUUUUAGCACCAUUCGGCGUUAAGUAUACCAGAACCUUCAGACCAAACAACCAUCCUUUACCAGAAGGAAAGAGUGGUUCUUACGAUAUUACUGUUACUCUUCAUUAUUCUGAUGACGACAUUAUUACUUGAGGAUGAUUUUGCCCAAACGGGAGCCUCUUUUCCCAGGACUCCAGCCAGACCGAGGCCUCCCGCUUCCCUGCCAGAGGGAUUGUUUGAGAUGGACCUCCACGCGCCCCAAAUCCCAAGCCGAGCCCUCCGAGGAAAGGUCUUGAGGACCGGCAAUUAAGGGCUUCCUAAUCGCGCGCCUGAAUGCCGAGAAGGAAGCCUGGGACGAAGGGGCUGGCUCUGGCUCGCGCCCGCUCCCCCUUCUGGCUGCGAGAAGCAGCGUGGAGGCGCCUUCUGCGACUCGCCCCCCCUCCGACCCCCGCGGCCCACGCUCAACACCGGGAGGGGACGGGAGUCGCUCGCUACCUUAUGCGCCGGGGGGCGUUAAGGGGCCUUCCCCGCGGAGUUGCUGGAGACCUUCUCCCGGCCGGCCCCAAAGGCUUGGUGUAUUUGAGGCCGAGCCGGAGGGGUCCCGCGCGCGCCUGAAGCAGGAUCGGCUGGGUAAGCUAAAGGCGAGCCGCAGCGACGGAAGAGGCGCGGGAGGUAAGGAAGGUUGUGGGGGGCGAGCGAAACGCCUCUGCAGGCAUCUUUGCCGGGAAGGCGGCCUGCCCGGGGUUGGGGGGACGCAGUUUCCGAUGCAAACGAACUCCUUGGCUAGUGCAAAUAGGUGCGCACCGGGGAGGGAGAGGGGAAUCUCCUGUGUGGACUCGGCGUCAGGCGUCUGAAAUCCACUUUUCCGGUCAGUGCCCCGGUUGUGCCAAUCCCGCCAAAGCACGGCGCUCAUCCCCUGACCCACGCAGUCAAAAGUUACGGUACUCACGUAGUUUCACGUCGGGGCUAAGCUGAGUAGCUUUCCCGGUUUUGCCUAAACCAGCUAUGAACCCGGCCACUGUAGCUUCUUCAACAGUCACCAUCACAACAAAUCAUGGAAUGACGGACAACCCCAUAAUUGGCUUCAUUUAAAACAACACGCUAAACCAGCUUUUGACAAGAUUGUUGACAAGCUUUUUUUCCCCCACUCCAGCGCACUCUAAAAAGUAGUGGGAGGGCCGAGACAAAAAUAAUAAUUGACUUAAUUUUGUUUAAGUGUAAAAAAAAAAAAGUUCUGAUUGUACUCCGGUAAUAAAUUAUUUUCGAA